AUGGACGCCUUGCAAGACAGAAUCAGCUCGACAUCCUCCUUUCUCAGCAACAUCAAAAACAUUCGCAUGUCUGGCAUCUCGGAAUCCUCAUCUGCCAAAAUUGACGAUCUGCGUGUCAGGGAGUUGGAAAAGUCCAAAAGAUUUCGACAAAAUGCUACCAUCGGAAUGACUGUUGGUGUCCUCCCAGAGACUAUCGCCCCUGCUGCAGCCUUUAUCGUUUACGCCCUUAUCGCUGGAAACUCCGACCAAGGCGCACUUAAUCCUGCGAAAGCAUUCUCGUCAUUAUCCCUCAUCGGUCUAGUCAGCAAGCCCAUGUUGAACUUCAUGUAUGCUUUCCCGGUAUUUGUUGCUUCUUUGGGUUCUUACGAUCGGAUUCAAAAAUACCUGUUGACGGAUCAGGAUCACCAAACUUCUUCCUUUGACAAUAUAUCCAAGCCCCAACAAAGAGAAUUUCGCACAGAAACCACUUCAGAUGCAGAAACAGUACAACUCAAUGAAUUGAAGUACACUGGUCUGAGCAAUCCUUCCAAGUCUUUGAUCCAAAUGGAGAAUGCUUCAUUCUCUUUCAAAGCAACCGGAGACCCUGUUUUAAAAAAUGUCUCUCUCAAAGUCAACCGAGGCAGUAGUUCUCUACUCGUGGGACCAGUUGGAAGUGGCAAGAGUGCCUUGUUGCUUGCCCUCCUUGGCGAGAUUGUCCAAACGGAAGGGGAAACGGUGAAACAGCCGGAAUUGGGGAUUGCAUACUGCUCCCAAGAGCCAUGGUUGCCAAACCUCUCUAUCCGUAAUCUCAUCCAAGGACCUUCAGAUUUUGAUGAAACAUGGUACCAAGAGGUGAUUAAUGCAUGCUGUCUAGACACGGAUAUCGUCCGUCUACCGCAGCAAGACAUGACUACUGUUGGAAGUAAAGGUGUGCGUCUCAGCGGGGGUCAAAGACAGCGUAUCAGCCUCGCAAGAGCUAUAUAUUCCAGGAAGCAGCUUCUCCUGUUGGAUGAUAUCACCAGUGGGCUUGAUGCUACCACAGAGAAUCAGGUCAUUCAAAAAGUAUUGGGACAGCACGGUAUCUGUCGGAAGUAUGGCUUGGCUGUAGUUCUUGCAACACACAAGAUGAAUUUAAAGUCCAACGUGGACUCUAUCAUCACGAUUGAUCACGACGGCUUAAGCGUGAAAACUCAGCCUUCUGAUCAGGUACCUACCAAUAUGGAAAGUGACGUCCCGAUAAAACAAGAUAUUGCUCCUAGCCCUCCUGGACCCGAUGUCUUGGAAGAGCAGGACAUCGAAGCCAGUCAAGCACUCGCCGAUGCAUAUCGCCGGGUUGGCGACUCUAGUCUUUAUCUUCUAUAUGCAAAAGAAAUGGGCGCGGUUGCCGUCAUAUUAGUUAUUUCUGCAUCAAUUGGCUUUUGUUUCUUCAGCAGAUUCCCAAAUAUCUGGCUCGAGUGGUGGUCCGAAGCAGAAGUUCAGGACCCAGAAAAAAGCAGCACCCGAUACAUCGCUGGCUAUGCAGGCUUUGGAGUCUCAUCGACUGUCUGCUUCUUUCUUCUCUACUGGAUUUUCAUGGUUGAAUCCGUGCCUCGCACUUCAGUUCGUUUACACAGAAGGCUACUGAAGGCUGUCACUGCAGCCCCUCUCGCAUCUCUUGUUUCAAUUGAUACCGGAGUUAUAUUAAAUCGUUUCAGUCAAGAUAUGUCUUUGAUUGAUAUGAGACUCCCAGGCGCAAUGAUACAGACACUAGACGGUGUUCUUGAUGCGAUUGCUGAAGUUGUGCUGAUCGCGCAAUCAUCCCCAUGGACCGCAUUGACCUUUCCUCCUAUCUUCUUGAUUCUUUAUAUUUUACAGAAGUUCUAUCUACGUACCUCACGCCAGAUUCGAUACUUGGAUCUUGAAGCCAAAUCGCCCCUUUUCUCCAGCUUCCUCGAGACGUGCGAUGGGAUUGCUACAAUCAGGGGAUUUGGCUGGCAAGAAAAUUUCCGUCAGCUUAACAUGCACCUUACCGACGAGUCGCAGAAACCAUUCUAUCUCAUGUACUCCAUUCAAUGCUGGUUGACGCUUGUCUUGAACCUGGUGGUGAUGGGAAUCGUCGUCGUGCUUGUCGUUUUGGCAAUUGAACUGCGCAACACAUCCGGCGGUGCUCUUGGUGUUGCGCUCAACAAUGUUUCCGCUAUCAGCGCGACGUUGGCAUACGUUAUUGAAGCCUGGACUUCGCUCGAAACCUCAAUAGGGGCAUUGGCUCGACUGAAAUCUUUCGAAUCCGAAACGCCGUCCGAACACCUUCUUCAGGAGUGCUAUUCUCCCACAAGUGCUUGGCCCUCUGAAGGAAGAAUUCAAUUCGUCGAUAUUGCACUAAGCUACCGGACCGAGUCGGAUCCUGUAAUCCAGGGAAUCAAUCUAACGAUACCUCCCGGUGCGAAGAUAGGCAUUUGUGGGCGCUCAGGAAGUGGCAAAAGCUCCCUGAUAUUAGGCUUACUGCGACUGAACGAGAUCACGAGAGGAAGAAUCCUAAUCGACAACCUCGACAUCAGCCAGCUUCCUCGAGAGACAAUUCGACGAAAACUCGCCGCGCUACCCCAAGAUCCACUGAUCUUGCCUGGUUCAAUUCGUAUAAAUCUUGAUCCUUUGCAACAUCAUACUGACGAGGCCAUAAUGUCUGCACUUUCGCGGGUCGGAAUGGUAAACUGGGUAUUAUCCAAAGACGCGGGCUUAGACUGUCUCAUUCAGAAGGAAACACUUUCUGCCGGCCAGCAGCAACUGAUUACUUUUGCGCGAAUCUUGUUGAAGCCGAAGCCGUCUCCCAUUCUACUCCUCGACGAAGCUACUUCGAUGGUAGACGUGCAGACGGAAGCCACGAUGAUGAAAUUGAUCCGAGAGCAAUUCCAAGACAGUACAGUCAUCGCAGUGGCCCAUCGACUGAACACAAUUGUAGACUUUGAUCUCGUGUUAGUCAUGGACAACGGGGCCAUUGUCGAAUCCGGGAGACCCGCUGAGCUUCUUCAGAACCCGGACAGUUGGUUUAGUGGUUUAUGGGUCAAACAAGUCCAGGAUGGUGCUCGGAGUGUUACUGAGAUUAGGUCCUAG